AUGAGCUGUAGACAAAAUUCAUUUUACUCCUUUAGAACCCGCAUCAGUGGGGGAGGAGGAAGCCUGAAAGGUUCUGGAGGGGGGAGUUGCAGCAUGCGGUCCUCUUCUUCCAGUGGCUCCAGUUUUGGUGGUGGCUAUGGUGGUGGUAUGGGGGGCUCUAGCUUUGGAAGUCACUCAAGUAGUGGCUAUGGCAUGUCCAAGGGCUUUGGUGGUGGUUCUGGGGGCUUUAGCAGUGGUUGUAGUGGCUUUGGAGGUGGCACGGGAAGCAGUGGCAUGGGGGGCUAUGGUGGUGGCAUGGGAGGUGGUGGCAUGGGGGGCUAUGGUGGUGGCAUGGGGGGCUAUGGUGGUGGCAUGGGAGGUGGUGGCAUGGGAGGCAGUGGCAUGGGAGGUGGUGAUAGUGACCUCUGGAAUGGAGGUGGAGAGAAAAUUGUUAUGCAAAACCUCAAUGAUAGACUUGCUACCUACAUGGACAAGGUGCGUUUGCUGGAGGAUAGCAAUGCCGACCUGGAGGAAAAGAUUAGGAAUUGGUAUGACACCCAUAAUUUCCAAGCAAUCCAGAAGAGUUAUGAUCAUUACUACAAGACCAUCAAGGACCUCAAGGACCAGAUUCUCGAUGAAACAAUGGAAAAUAAUAAAACCAUGCUGGAUAUAGACAAUACUCGCAUGACACUUGAGGACUUCAGGAUGAAGUAUGAGAUGGAGCUGAAUUUCAGACAAGGAGUGGAAGCAGAUUGCAAUGGCCUGAGAGCUGUUCUGGAUGAUCUCAACAUGCAUAAGUCUGAUCUUGAGAUGCAACUUGAGACUCUGCAGGAUGAACAGCAAUCCCUCCAGAAGAACCAUGAAGAGGAGAUGAAUGGAUUAACUGGACAGAACAGUGGUGAUGUCAAUGUGGAAAUGAAUGCUGCACCUGGUAUGGAUCUGACCAAGACCCUGAAUGAAAUGCGGGAACAGUAUGAGCGUAUUGUUGAACAGAACCGCAAGAAACUUGAAGAUCAAUAUGAGUCUCAGAUGACUCAAAUAAGCCAAGAGGUGACAAACAGCAGCCAACAGAUAGAGACCAGCAACAAGGAACUGACUGAGACCCGACACAAUCUCCAGAAUAUGGAGAUAGAACUACAGUCCCAACUCAGCUUGAAAGAUGCCCUGGAAAAGAGUCUGGAGGAAAUGAAAGAGCAAUAUUGUAGUCAGCUGGCCCAGAUCCAGCAGCAGAUCAGUAUAUUGGAAGACGAGCUGAAUAACAUCAGAACAGAGACGGAAUGUCAGAACCAGGAGUACAUUAUGCUGCUGGAUGUUAAAACAAGACUAGAGAAGGAAAUUGCUACCUACCGUAACCUGUUGGAGGAAGGACAGCAAGACAUUGACUCAGGUUCUGGAUCUGGAGGAAGGGGAAGUGGAGGCAGAGGUAGCAGUGGACAUAGUGGAGGAAGUGAAAGAGGAGGUGGAUAUGGUGGUGAGAGUGGCAGUGGAGGAAGAGGUAGCAGUGGACAUGGUGGAGGAAGUGGAAGUGGAGGUGGAUAUGGUGGUGAGAGUGGCAGUGGAGGAAGAGGUAGCAGUGGACAUGGUGGAGGAAGUGGAAGUGGUGGCAAAGGUGGCAGCAGUGGACAUGGUGGAAGAAGUGGAAGUGGUGGCAAAGGUGGCAGCAGUGGACAUGGUAGAGGAAGCGGAAGUGGUGGUGGAUAUGGUGGAGAGAGCAGCAGUGGAGGCAGAGGUGGUGGUAGCUCUGGAAGUGUUCAGCAGUCAUCGUCCUCCCAGUCCCAGAGUGGCUAUGAACACUUACAAGAGCUCCAGAAGAGAUACUAA